GCAACAAUAAGAUUAAUUGGAAAUAUCACAUUAUACAAAGAAGGAUUACCACGAAAUCAGUCACUGAAGCAUGUGUUUUGUUGAUAAAAUUUUACAAAAUGUGUCCAAAAAACCCUUUAAUUAAUCUGAAAUGUGCUUAAACUGGCCUUUAGAAACCAGUUCAGGUGACACGUCAUCACCAUGCGACUCAUGUGUUCCUGUGUCCUAGGAAGCUAAGUCGAGCUAGCUCCUUCUCCACACAGAGCAGGUUACUGCUGUUUUUGAGACCCGAUGACGGCCUCCACUCGCAGGGUGGUGUUGUCAUUGUACAUGCGGGUGUUUCGCAUCGCCCGAAGCUGGCAGGCAGAGAGUGGAGUUACAAGUGACACGGAGUCUGAGAGGAAAUACAUACUUCAGGAGGCCUGCACUCUGUUCAGACAGAACCAACAGCUCACAGAUCAAGAAUCAAUAAAGAAGUGUAUAGAAGAAUGUGAAGCGAGGAUAGAAAUAGGUCUACAUUACAGGAACCCAUAUCCAAGGGCUACGUACCUACCACCAAUGGGACUAGCGACUCAGAAAGGCAGGAAGCUGCGAGCACAGCAGCGCCUGAGGAAGCAGGCCAAGCCAAUAUACUUACAGUCACAUGACGACACCUGAUGCUCGAUAUCCCCGCUCCUCGCCAACAGUUCCAGUUACCAUGGGCAGGAAACAAGAGUGCAGUCACAAGCUGAUCUCAUGGGCAGAGUUGUUGCACACACUCAAUGAUGCAAGAACACCCGUCAUCCAGGAAAAGGCCAUUUUUCAUUGUCAUUUUUCACUGUAAAAUGCUUGAACAUGAGUUGUUUAGUGUGGCUUGAGAGUGAUUUGUAAUAUAAGAUCAAGUUGUAUAUUUUAUUUAUUUUUCUGUGUAAAAAAUGUUGUAAUAAAUACUUCACAUUCUUUCACAACUGUUAAA